GGACAGGAGAGAUAGGAGAGGAAGAAGGGAGAAGAGGAGCAGAGGAGAGAAAAUAUGAGAAGAGGAGAGGAGAAGAAAAAAGAUAGUAACCAAGGAAGAAGAGAAAAGGAGAGGAUAGGGAAAGAAGAAGAGAGGAGGAGAGGAGAGGAGGUUACCUGCUCCGGAUCACAUGAUGGUGGCAUGAUGGUGUUUCCUCUCUUGACAUGAUGCGGAGUAACCUCGUGUCUCUCAGACUGGUCUCUCUGCAUCCGGAGUAACCUUGCGUCUCUCUGCACUGGUUGUCUGCAUCCGGAGUAACCUCGCGCCACCUUGCGUGGAUUGAUAAGGUACAGAUGAUUUAUUAGGAGCUUCUUCCUGGAUCCAUGUGAUGUGAGAGUCUACAUUACAUUUAGCAGACGCUUUCAACCAAAGCGACUUACAAGGAGGACAUUCAAGCAAGUACAGAGUAAGGGGUCAGUCCAGAGUCCAGCUGUAUACAAGUAAUGCAGAACAGAUAGAGAGCAGAAAAGUAGUAGAUGACCUAUUAAAUGUAGUGCAGGUUAGUAUCCAUGAUUAGAGGUGAGUAGAGUUAGUUAGGCUGUGUUAUGCAGGGAAACUCUCUCGGAAUAGAUGAGUCUUCACUAGUUUCUUGAAGGUUGAGAGGGAUGACCCUGCUCUACACUGCUCUACACUGCACUCCUAUGGCAGCCAUGACCCUUUAGGAGACUAUAGAAGACUUGGAGAAUGAAUGGAGUCAUAUGGGGAAAGUCACGCCCAUUUAGAAGACCGGCGUUGAUUCCACUUUGUUGCCUUGAUGUAGCAUCCAAUGACUUAUCUUACCAUAUUGAAAAUCUUUGGUGUCACUUCACGUGGCGGUGGCGCAGAGGGUAUCUGAUCCAUCCCUGAGAUCGAUCUACGGUCCAACUCCCUAAUCGUUACACCACGACUGCGAAAUUGGGAAGGCUGGGAUUCGAACCUGCAACCCUGUGAUCUACAGUCUGACUCCCUAAUCGUUACACCACGGCUGCAUCACCAUGGAGGGAGGAAGGGAUUGGUAAGGGUGCGCUUCUAACAUGCAACCCUGAGUUCUCCAGUCUAUCUCCCUCACCAGUAUUCCAAGGCUGCCACGGUCUGCCAUAUUGAAAAACUCUUUGGUGUCACGUCACUCAAGGGCACUUCAGCCAUGGAGAGGGCGAAGGGAUUGGUAAGGUAAGGGUGGGAUUCCAACCUGCAACCCUGUGAUCUACACUCCAACUCCCUCAAUCAGUACAGCAUGGAGCUGUCCCAAGCUCUACCAUAUUGAAAAUUCGUUGGUGUUGUGUCCCUGAAGGGCAAGAGAGGUAAAAUUAGGGUGGGAUUCGAACCGGCAACCUUGUGAUCUACGCUCCAACUCCCUAACCCAGUGCACCAUGGGGCUGUGCCACAGCUUCCGGGCCCGGCUCGGGUCCGACUCGUCCAUCGCCUACACCGGCUGCUCGGGGGGAGCCGCGGCAGCGCUGGAUGCCCUCGACUCUGGACCCGGGCCGGUAUCGGGACCGGCUGACAACCCAAACACCUCGUCCGACCCACUGCAGCAUCAGCAACAGCAUCAGCGGGAGCGUCUAAGCCUGGAGGAGAAGGCCCGCGCCAAAGCCGACAAGAAGAGAAGCCAGAACAUAGACAAGAGCCUGAGAGCUGAGAGGAAAGAAUACGUCCAGACACACCGCCUACUGCUGCUAGGUGCUGGGGAGUCGGGGAAGAGCACUAUUGUGAAGCAGAUGCGACUUUUACACGUGGAUGGCUUCAAUGCAGAAGAGAAGAAACAGAAGAUUCAAGACAUCAAGAAUAACAUCAAAGAGGCCAUAGAGACCAUAGUGGCGGCGAUGGGCUCCCUAGCGCCCCCUGUGCCUGUGGCGAGUCCUGCCAACCAGCGUUGCAUAGAGUACAUCUCCAGACUAUCCAGUCAGAAGGACUUCGACUUUACACCUGAGUUCUAUGAGCACACCAAGUGCCUGUGGCAGGAUUCGGGGGUUCGCGCCUGUUUCGACCGCUCCAACGAGUAUCAGCUGAUCGACUGUGCACAGUAUUUCCUUGACCGGAUCGACGUCGUGAAGCAGAAUGACUACACACCCACAGACCAGGAUCUCCUAAGAUGCAGAGUUCUGACUUCUGGAAUUGCUGAGACGAGAUUCCAAGUAGACAAAGUCUUAUUCCAUAUGUUCGAUGUGGGAGGGCAACGGGAUGAGAGAAGGAAGUGGAUUCAGUGCUUCAACGAUGUAACGGCUAUCAUAUUCGUGGUGGCUAGUAGCAGCUAUAACAUGGUCAUUCGUGAAGACAACCAGACCAACAGGCUACAGGAAGCUCUGAACCUCUUCAAGAACAUCUGGAACAACAGGUGGCUUCGGACCAUCUCUGUGAUUCUCUUCCUGAAUAAACAGGACCUUCUGGCUGAAAAAGUUUUGGCAGGAAAAUCGCGCAUAGAGGAUUACUUCCCUGAGUUCUCAAGAUAUAUUACACCCGACGAUGCGGCCCCAGAGCCAGG